UUCAAUGGACUAUAAACAUGUGUGACCCAAUCAUUUGCACCUGUGAUGUGAAGCCUUUUGCAGUAAUAGCGUUUAGUUUUUACUGUCUUGUUGUCGUCUGUUGAAAUGCAGUUUCGGUAACCGUCGCAUGGUGCCCGUCACGUCACCGGUGUGACCGUUAAAGCGCGUGUCUUCUCGGUAGAACACCCAGAGACCUUCUGUCAUCAUGUCGUUGUGGCUGAGGUCAUGUCAGCGGUGUUACCUGAACAGCGUGCUCACUCCCAGAGGUUUCCAGUGCGUCAGAAACAGGUGGCGGGGUGAACUGCAGUCGCACGCCGCUGUCAGAAGAUGCUGCUCCACGGUUCACGGGGAGGUGAGGGUCAGGUUUGCACCCAGUCCCACAGGCUUCCUGCACCUCGGAGGCCUCCGAACUGCUCUCUACAAUUACAUCUUUGCAAAGAAGUAUGGAGGCGCGUUCAUCCUGCGGCUGGAGGACACGGAUCAGAGCAGACUGGUACCAGGAGCAGCAGAGUCCAUAGAGGACAUGCUGGAGUGGGCCGGUAUACCUCCAGAUGAGAGUCCCCGUCGAGGCGGGCCGGUGGGUCCAUACCUUCAGUCUCAGAGAUUAGACCUGUACAGUCAGACAGCCCAGCAGCUUGUCAAGAGUGGUCACGCCUACUACUGUUUCUGCAGCCCACAGAGACUGGAACUGCUCAAAAAAGAAGCUUUGAGGAGCGGACAGACUCCAAGAUAUGACAACAGGUGUCGUCACCUUCGGGCCGACCAGGUCCAGGAGAAGCUGGCUCAAGGAACGUCGCAUGUGAUCAGGUUUCGUUUGGAAGAGGGCGUCGAGCCGUUUCAGGACCUGAUCUUUGGAUGGAAUCGUCAUGAAGUGGCCCAGGUGGAGGGGGACCCUGUGGUGAUCAAAGCAGAUGGGUUUCCCACCUAUCACCUCGCUAACAUAGUAGAUGAUCAUUACAUGAAGAUCAGCCAUGUUCUGCGGGGGUCUGAGUGGCUCAUCUCCACCUCCAAACAUCUCCUCAUGUAUCAAGCCCUCGGAUGGAAACCACCCACCUUUGGACAUCUGCCGCUCCUGAUGAACAAAGACGGUAGUAAGCUGUCCAAGAGGCAGGGGGAUAUAUUCAUCCAGAGCUUCCAGAGAGACGGGAUCCUGCCGGAGGCUCUGCUGGAUAUCACCACCAACUGUGGAUCUGGAUUCAACACCAAUCGAAUUGGGAGGAGGAUAGCUGAGCUGAUAUCUGAGUUUAAUCCUUCAAAGAUCACAACUCAUUCGGCCUUGUUAGACCUGGAGAAACUACCAGAGUUCAACAGAAUCCACCUGCAGCAGCGUAUCGAAGACGAGGACCAGUGCAUUCUGCUGAUAAAAGAUCUGCAGGAGCAAAUCCAGCAGGCCUACGCAGCAGAGAUCCAGGAGGAUGAAGUCCUACAUGAGGAUUAUAUCAGGCGGGUGCUGCAGCUUCGCAAGGGUCACAUAUCCUCCCUGAAGGAGCUUGUGAGUCCUGAUUAUUCCUACCUAUGGGUGCGUCCUUCUGUCUCCAGCCAGCAGGUGGCAGCACUCACUGCAGAAGCCCAGCACAUUGCCUCAUUAGUGUUAAAAUUGAUAGAGGAGCGAGGUGAGGAGCUGACGGUGGAUCAGCUCAGUAAAGAUCUGAAGACUCUGGCUAAACAGACGAAAGCCACAAAGUACAGAGAAGUGAUGAAGCUAUUACGUCUGACUCUCAGCGGUCUGCAGCAAGGUCCCAGUGUAGCCGAGAUGAUGGUGUCUUUGGGGCCUGCAGAGAUCAGCCAUCGAUUCCAGAAACUUAUGCUGCUUUCAGAGACUAGUUAAAGACUGGACCACCUGCCAGCUCGUGGCUGGAUGUUGACCUGAAGACGAGAACUGCUGUUAAGGACGUGGCCUGUAUGUUGAGAGUUAAAUGUUUAACCUCACACUGAUUCUGCCAAAGCUAACUGGGACACAUUUAAACUGAACUGCACCCCACUGGUAUAAGUUAAAUAAUACUUGAAUUAUUAGAAAUAUUUUAUAAAACAGUAGAAAACUAAUUUUACACACAUGAUGUGUUUGUUUUAUUCAUGCUGUGAGACUUUACUGGACCAGGAGACGCCAUGCACUCAAGGUUGGGAAGUACCUUGGUAUUUUUAUGCAAAUUAUCCUGUGCUUUACUUCAGAAAAACAGUUUUAACGAACCCCAUUUCACAGAUGUAUUGUACAGUCAAAAGUGAAAACGAUUACAAGUCGUUAAUUAUUCUAAUUACUGUUGACUUUCUCAUGGAACAUGUACAGUGGAGGAAGUAAUUAUUUAAUCCCCUGCUAAUUUUGUAAGUUUACCCCCUUACAAAGACAUGAACAGUCCAUAAUUUUUAUUGUAGGUUUAUUUUAACAGAGAGACAGAAUAUCAACAAAAAAAAAUACAGAAAAAAAACA